AUGGCCAUGGCUGCUCCCAACCAGCCCCUCCCAGGUCUCCAAGUGACCGUACCUGAUGAAGACAUGGAGAUCUCCGACUACGAACGGAACGCCGAUGAUAUUGACAUCGACAUCGACCUGACCGUCGAUCCUAGCCAUCAUGAGGAUGAGAAUAUGGAUGAUGAUCGCUCCGAACGCGAUAGUAAAGACGAUGUCAUGCUCGAUGGCGAUGGCAACGAUGAGGACGGAAUGAUGCAAGACAACAUGUCUGUCCCCGACGAACACCUGACCGACGCGAGUGACGUUGGCUACCUCGACAUCGAGGUCAAAGAGGCGCCCCAGCACCAACCUGCUGCAGAACAGGUUGAUGUACAAGUGCAAGAUAGUAGCCAGGCCGAGGACUUCAUCGAUUACGAUGACACUGCUACUGCGCAGGCUGAGCCAGCGCUCAAAGUCGCACAGCAUUCUAUCGAUCAACCCGUCCCAGAGCAAAACCAGUUUCCUGAUAGCAAGAACCCUGGUGAUCAGGAAACGAACGUCCAAGUUCAGAGUUCCGAAGCCUCUACUUUCCCCCAAGCUUCGGCUCAGGAUCAAACCUCUGCUUCAGUUGAAGCUGCAGUCGAAGAAACUACCUUGGCAAAUUCUCGCGUCGAGGACCCUGUUGCAACCUCAAGUAGUGCCGUUCAGAACGCCCGGGAACCACGUGUCACCGACAAUUCCGUCGAUGCGCACUCGGAGACGGUCCCUGUCGAGCCGCCGGUCGAUUCCCACGCUGCCGCUGUGACUGAAGAUGAAACUCGUCUUCCAACAGAUGUGACAGAGAACCAAACCGAGGCCAAGGGUAGUCCUCGUGACGGCCAAAAUGAAGAAAUCGGCGGUGCCCCCGAAUUCGCCGAGCCGAAGGCAGUAUCCGAGCAAUCCGCUCAAGCGUCUGAUGAAGCCCUCGUCUUAUCGCAUCUACCUUUCGAUCCUAAGCACGACGCAGAGAGCGCUUCCUCUCACGCUGCAGUCUCGUCGCACCCUGUUGUAGUCGUGUAUCAAGGGGACGAGAUUUCCCUUUUCCCACCUCAUGGUAGUGAUACCUCCGAUAGUUUCUAUUUCCUUCAUGAUGAGUCUUUGGCAAACGAAAGCAUUCGCUCUCUGCUCCAGGCUUGCAGGCAGGUUUUGGGUGAGACUAUGCGAGAUGAAGAUGAGCUGGAGUUCGACAUUGCAGAGCUUGGGCUUUGUGUGAGUGAGGAUUCCGAUAAUGCUGCGAGCACCAGCUUCUCCCAAGUGCUCGACGUUUAUCUCCAACUUCACCAGCUUGACGGACAUGAAAGUCCUGGCCCUCUUUACAUGACACUGAAUACUAAGACUAGGUUUUCAGCGCGUUUGGAUGCCUUGCUCGCCGCCAUUGCCGAUGGUAGGGGCAUGUCCCAACUAUCGUUUCUCGAGGAUGUCACCGAAGAAGACGCAUACGUCGGAUCUGACAACGGACCGGAGGAGCAGGAGCCAGCGAACCAGGACGAUGAGCAAGACGGCGGAGAGCAUGCCAAUAACUCCAUUCCUGAGCAUGCGUCCGAACGUGAAGCAUCCCAAGAAGAAGCCUCCCUUGGAAAGUUGCAUCCGGAGGGCGAACAAGAACCCGAGUCUGAUUCAACCGCUGUCCAACAACCCCUGGCCCACGUGGAAGAUGUUGUGGAUGCUGUAUCUCAGGAUCAGGGGUCUACCUCGCAACAAAAUGAGGAGUCAGCAUCGACGCAUCAACACGAGCCUCAGGGCUAUGUAUCACCAAAGCCGGAGGAUCUCCCUGAAUACGAAUCGUCAGAGGACGGAGACGGCCCGAUAGCACAAGGCAAUGGCAGUGAUGUUAAGGAAGGCUCAAGGGUAGAUGCUUCUGGCCCCGAUUACUCACGCGAAAAUGAUCAGAUUAACUACGACGACGGCGAUGUCCCAGAAGAAGCUCGGGACGAUGCCUCUCUCCGCUCUUCAACUCUCCAAGGCGAUAAUACCCCGGCGGCAGUCGAUGAGGGCGUGUCCCAGCGUGAAAGUAACACUAGCGCCGUGCCCGCGGCGGUCAGUGGUGCUCCGCACGACGAGUCCUACGACGAAAGCAGAGAGGGUUUGUCUGCAACGCAGAACGAUGAAACCUUGCAGCGGGAUGGCCUUGAUACCCGGGCACGUGAACCUGUUGCUGUUGUGGAAGAGAACCAGAGCUUCGAGCAGUCCGUUGGCCAAGGCGAGAAAGAGGAUGCGGAUGAUGCCUUGGAGCAAGAGCUGGAGCGCGAACUCAACGCCCCGCCUGAAUCAUUUAGUUUACAAGAAGGCGUUCAGGAAACUCCUGAUGACGAGCAUUUCACAGCAAACUAUGACGAGGGCGAAGAGUACGGAUUCGAACACGAUGGUGAUGUUCAAGAGGGGCAAGAUGGGGAAGGAUCCUACGAGGAGUUUGUCGUGGUUGAAGCAGAAGACGCCCACGAAAAUCCGGACGCGCCUGAUGAAGGCCAGGCCGCUGAUUACCAGGAAUGGACCCAUGGCGACAGGUUCGAUGACGCCGAGGCAGAGCAGACUGCGGAGAACGAUCUGAACGAAACUCAUUUGGGGCUUGAACAAGGCUUGGAAGACAAUGAUGCUGAACAAGCUCAACCAACGGCUCACGCAUCGGAUGAAGAUGAGUUGGAUACAAUCGAUUACGAUGACGAGGAGCUUUCGCGGUCCCCGUCGGCACAGCAUGAUGAGGCUGCGGCUCCGUCUCCAUCUUCCGGCAAGCGGGGCUGGGAAGAGCUUGGACAGGACGACGAAGACCAAGCCGACGAACAAGCGCCAAAGAAAGUCAAGUCGGAAUGA